AUGCAGCCGCGUGUACAGCGCACGCACGAGAGCCGGGUUGGGCGCGUCUCGUGCAUGCGUGGCGGCUUUUCUCAUCGACCAAACGCCAACCAAACAACCACCAACUGCACCGGCACACCGAGAGCGGCGAGUGCCACAGAUAGCUCGUCCGAUCGAAGCCAUUUCAUAUCCAAACUCCCAGCAAGAGAGGGGUGGUCAGAGCCACUGGUGCUCUACAAGAACUACUGGUUCCGCCCGUACUUCGUAGACAGCAGGCUGCGCAUCGAAAAUGGCUUCAAACCUCGCCCCGAAGAUGCCAUCCUUGCUACCAACCCCAAGUGCGGCACCACAUGGCUGAAAGCCCUCGCCUUUACAGUCAUCAACCGCUUCCGGUAUGACUUUGGCAGCCACCCUCUUCUUUUUCGUCAUCCUCAAGAGGUGGUACCAUCCAUAGAAGCCCCUAGCCAUGAGAACCUUACCUAUUUGGAGAACCUCCCAUCCCCAAGGCUUCCUGCCACUCAUAUGCCUCUUUCAUUGUUCCCAAAGUCCAUAGCCAACUGUGGUUGUCUAGUUGUGUAUAUCUGUCGAGACCCUAAGGAUGCCUUUGUGUCUCGGUGGCACUUUGAUAAUAAGAUGCAUAGGGGACACUGUGUUGACAUGGAAACAGCAUUCGACAUGUUCACUGAAGGUUUCUCGAGCAAUGGACCCUUUUGGGACCAUUGUCUCGAGUACUGGAGGGAGAGUAUUGCAAAACCUGAUAAGGUUCUUUUCCUCAAGUAUGAGGAUAUGACCUUAGAGCCAACAAAGUAUGUCAUAAGGCUUGCAACGUUCCUGGGUGUCCCAUUUAGUAUUAAGGAAAUAGAGGACGGGAUACCCGAGGAGGUGGUGAGGUUGUGCAGCUUCGAGAAGCUUAGUAGCUUGUCUACCAACCAACCAGGAGAAUUUGCUCGGCUUGGCAACAUAGUUAUUGAGAUUUUAGGAAAGGAAAGAUCGAGCGAGGAGCUAGCGUUCGUUUUCCGCCGGCGCCGGCGCUUCCUGUUCUUGCUCAUCGACGUGGACGCGCUAUUCUUGCGUGGAGACGCCGACUCACCCGACGUGGUCGCCGACUCGCCGACGCACCGCACACCGGCACACCGCCGUGGUGCCGCGACGACGCGAGCUGCAACUGCAUGCAAGGACGGCGAACAGCAGAUGCAAUCACAGUAA